AUGUGUUUUGGAGGUGACUGCGAAGAUGAGAUUGUGAUGAAGGGAUCUUCUCUGCAGCAGCCAAAAACUAGUGCUACAAAGAUUGAGGCGUCUCAAAAUCAGAACUCGAGACGAGUCCAGCCACGUAAUAGAAAAACUUUGACUGUUGAUAGUGGUAGUAAAGAAGCCGAGUCGCCAGGUUUUACAGCCUAUGUUAACAGAAGACCAACAAGCAUGGCAGAAGUUGUCAAGGAUCUUGAAGAUCAGUUCACAAGGAUCUGUGAUUCAGCUAAGGUGGUUUCGGGUUUGUUGGAGUCUAGCAGAGCUCAGUAUUCCAUCUCAUCCACCUCAAAAGAUCUCGCAGCACUGAAAAUGCUGAAUCCAGUCGCACUAAUCCGAUCAGCUUCGUUUCGUUCAUCGUCAUCGAGAUUCAUGGCCAACUCUUCAUCCUCCGGAGAGUUUGAACCCGAGGAAAGCUGCAGUAGUGACAUGUCAGAUGAAUCCUCUGCGAUCUCAGGUGGCCACCAGUCUACGUUGAACAGGUUAUACGCCUGGGAGAAGAAGCUGUUUGACGAAGUCAAGUCAGGAGAAAGGAUUCAGAUAGCGUACGAGAAGAAAUGCAUGCAGCUAACGAACCAAGAUGUUAAAGGAGAGGAUCCGUUUGUGUUGGACAAGAAGAGGGCAGCCAUUAGAGAUUUGGAUACACAGAUUAAGGUUUCGAUUCACUCGGUGGAAGUCAUAUCGAAGAGGAUAGAGACUCUGCGGGAUGAAGAGUUGCAGCCUCAGCUUUUGGAACUAGCACAAGGGUUAGCAACGAUGUGGAAGGUGAUGGCAGAGUGCCACCACUCACAAAAACAAACACUCGACACGGCCAAGCUCUUAGUAGCAUCAGCACCGUCAAAGCUCGAAGUGAGAAGGCGGGCUUCCAUCUCCAUGACCGACCCUCAACGCCUGUCCCGAUCAGCCGCGGCCAUGGAAACAGAGCUCCGAAACUGGAGAUCAUCUUUCCAGACAUGGAUCGCCUCUCAGCGAUCCUACAUCCAGUCCCUCGCCGGCUGGCUCCUCCGGUGCGUUCGUCUCGACCCUGCCGAAAUAUCGAAGCUACCCUUCUCCCCGCGCCGAUCAAGCAGCACUGCUUCUUUCCCGUUGUUCGGACUCUGCAUUGUGUGGUCCAAGUUCCUGGAUGCCGUGCAGGAGAAGGCAGUGCUCGACGGGAUGGAGACCGCCGCGGAUUGGAUGGGUUCGAUUCGCCAUAUGCAGGUGCUGAGAGACGAUUCGAGGAGAUAUGAUAACAAUGGAGGAAUGGAGAUGGUGGAAGAAGUGAUGACAGUGGAGAAGAUGGCUGAGAUCGGUAUGAGGGUGCUCUGUGCAGGGAUGUCGAUUACUAUCAGCUCGUUGACUGAGUUUGGGAAUGGUGCGGCUGAAGGGUAUGCUCAGCUUUUCAAGCAAUGGGAGAAUGGGGAAGAAUUCCCGCCGGCUGCUCGGCUCCGGGAGAAGAAGAUUUAAGCUUUGUAGAGGAAAGGAAUGCAAUUUGUGAGCUAUGUGAUGAUGGG